UAAUUGUAAGAGUCGAACAAAUAUAUGUAAUUACAACUGAGUGCGCAUGAACUUGUCAUAUGUAUGUAAUAUAAUAUAUUUGAAUUAAUAUAAUAAUAGUAAUUCAGUGUUGAAAGAUGGAUGUAAACACGAGUUGUAAGUUUACUUUAUUAUUGUAAAGUAUUUACGUGCAAGUGUAAAUUGCAAUACUCUACUGGUAAAUAAUAAUAUAAACAUACGCUGACGUGGGGAGAGACCGCGGGAAAUAAUUUAAAAGAGAGUCAAAUGAGAUUAACUAUUGCGCAUAGUGAUAUCAGUUAGAUUAGGGUGCGAGGAUUUAAGUUUAAUAUGAAGUAAUGAUACUAGUAUAGCAUCUAAUAGUAUCAAGAGAAGAGAAGAGAAGUAAGAGACCGAUGCCGAAGAGAGAGACAGGGCAAUUGGGGGAGGAAGAGAAGGAUAAAGAGACAGAGAUCAUGGUAACACCACGAAUAUAAAACGUCUUGAUAUAUAUAUACGUAUAUAAAUAUAUAUGUGCGACUCGUGUAGUAGAUACUGGGAGGUUUAUUUGCAAGUAGUAGUUUUCAAACGACAAUACAUGCCGCGGUUGGUUCACCGCAGCAGUAGCAUCUCGCAAGCCAGCCAGAAAUAAUCCUUGUGCUCGUGUUCUGUUGCCUACGCAGUGGCAGAUAAAAUUCAUCUGGUGGUUUUUUUUCAUCAGUAAUGUAUAGAGCGAGUCAUGACAGUGACUGAUUAUAAUGAACCAAAUGCUGAUUUAGACAGCACAAUGGCUCUCGACGACACAAAACGUUCAGCAGUUACUGGAGUUACAAAUAAUAAAGACGAAUCGGAUAAAUUUAAUAGUAAUCAUGAUCAGGAAGAACGUAAUCCAUUCAUUGAACAGCAAUCUGUUGGUUUUUUAACGGAUGAAUACAAGUCGAAAAAUUAUUUCAGUAGCCAAAAUAACUCUAGGCUGAAGGAUGCUGCUUUUAAGGAAGAUAAAGUUUCAGCCAAUCAGAAUAAUCCACCCGAUGGUGGAAUUCGCGCUUGGAUGAUUUUACUUGGGAGUUUUAUUAUCAAUGGGGUUUUAUUCAGUAUUAUUAAUUCGUAUUCUUUGAUGCAAGUUCAGCUUACGGAAAAAUUAAAAGAUCUUGGGGUAACUAGUGCUGAAGCUAAAGCAUCGCUCGUUGGUUCGCUCACAAUAGGAACGACUUUUUUUUUAUCACCAAUUGCUGGUAUCCUAACUGAUAAAAUAGGUAUACAAUUAACAACAUUUAUUGGUGGGUUAUUAGCAUUUGCUGGGAUGUUAUUGUCUUCAAUAUAUUGUGAAGAUGUGGUAAUAUUAUGUUUAACUUAUGGUAUUAUGUAUGGAACGGGCGCAAGUUUAGCAUACACACCAAGUUUAGUAAUUUUGGGGCACUAUUUCAAACGCCGCCUGGGUCUUGCCAAUGGGAUCGUAACUGCUGGAAGCUCGGUAUUUACAUCAAUAAUGCCCUAUGUAAUGAGCGCAUUACUCGAUAGCUUUGGAAUGGUCGGAGCUUUUAGAAGCCUGGCUGUACUUACUCUAAUCAUAAUGUUGUGCGCGGUUCUUUUCAAACCCAUAUCAAUAAAAGAAAAAUCAUCUGUUAAAGACAAAUCAAGUUAUCAAGAUCCGAAAUCUAAAAAAGCUACGAUCAACUUAUCAAUUUGGAAAAAAAAACGUUACGUUGUUUGGGCUAGUGCUAUUCCACUAGCAUUAUUUGGUUACUUUGUGCCAUAUGUUUAUAUCGGAUCAUUUGUAAUUAAAAGUUUUGGAAAAGAAUUUAAUACAAAAGUUCCAGUAAUGUGUAUUGGAAUAACAUCAGGAGUUGGUAGAUUAGUAUUUGGUUACGUCGCUGAUUUACCGCGAAUCAAUAGAAUUUUAUUACAACAGAUAUCAUUUAUCAGUAUUGGAAUACUUACAAUGCUUUUACCAUUAACUCCACCAUACUAUUCAGCUUUAGUAGUGAUCUCUCUCGGAUUUGGGCUAUUUGAUGGAUGCUUUAUAUCAUUAUUAGGUCCAAUAGCGUUUGAUAUUUGCGGUAAAAGUGGCGCGACUCAAGCUAUUGGAUUUUUAUUGGGGAUAUGUUCAAUACCAUUGACUGCUGGCCCACCGAUUGGCGGCUUAUUAAUGGACUACACAGGUUCAUAUACGUUGACGUUUGUUCUGGCUGGUAUUCCCCCAAUAAUUGGAGCGAUUGUAAUGUUUGCUAUCAAUUGCGUAAAAGAAGACAAAGUUGAAGAUCCAGAUAAAUUAGAAGAUGGAUCUAUAAAUGCUGAUUGUUGUCUUGAUGGAAUAGCAAAAAAAGGAUUUGGUUCCAUAUCAAGACUCAGCGGUGGCAGUGUUCAAUUGGAAGAAGAUUAACGAUUGGAUUUAUUAUCAUGUUAAGAAGUUAUGGCACACGGAACCUGCUGCACCUUGCGAUAUCGAUUAAAGUCUACAACUUUACAAUACGCGAGGAUACUUAAUGCUAUUUUUCACCGUUUGCUCAAUAUUUUAAAUUCCUUAUUAAUUGCCGCAUUUAUUUUCAUUACUUUAAAACUCUACUUGAGUUUUAGUUUUUUUUUAUUUCUUAUUAAGUUCUGUUCUAUGCAUUAUUUAUAAAAUUUAUACUAGAUCGGUAUCAAUAAUUUUUUUUUAAAUAUUCCAUUGUUGAUAAAAAGAAUUAUUUAAUACUGUUAUAAAUUUUCAUGACAUAUAUAUAUAAAUCAAAUGAAUUAUCACACUGUAAAAAAUUUGGAGUGAAUUCGGAGUCAUUACGUUCAUUUCCAUCCGCAUUCACUCUGAUUCGGAGUUUUAAUUUAAAUUUUACUCCGGAUUUAAUCUGCAAAUUUUUUACAGUGCAUAUAUUUAUAGUCUAAUGCACAAAGAAUUUUUAAAAAUCAAAGUACAAAAUAUUUUUUUAUUUCAAAAAUUAUUUUUGUAGAUUCAAAUAUAUAUAUAAUUAAAAAAAAAAUUAACAAUAAUUAUGGGAAUAAAUAAUUAAUAAUAAAAAUGGGGAUAUAUAAAUAUAAGUACU